GCGGUAUGUUAUGAGAAUCGGAGGAGAGGAGGAAUUUGUCAAUUUUACGUAAAUUUCACCCUUUUUCAACAAUAAUAUAAGCAUGAGUGGAAAGGGCAGAUCUCCUCAUAAGAAGAAAUAUCGACGUACGAAAAGAACUUACAAACACCCCAAUCCUCUCUUCGAAAAGUGGCUUAAGGAGUGGCAGGAUGAGGCCGAGCGAAGACAUUCCAACAUGAAGUACAAUUUCCAAAGAGCAAGGAAGUCCUUAAAACUAUUCCCACUUCCUCUGUAUAGUGGGAAAGAUUGCAAGGUUUUAGCUCAUUUUGGUGAUAAGAUCUGCCAGUUAAUUGACCAGCGUUUGGAAGAGUACCAAGAAGAGAAUGGACCUGUUAAUUGGGAUGAAUUUCAUCAGGUGCAAGAAGAGCCUCAGGUUAAGAAAAGAGGUAGACCUAGAAAGAAUACCUCUAAUAGUCUGGAUGGUAGUACUGAAACAGAAUCUCGACUAUCAGGGACCUCUGCCAGUCUUCAGGUUCAGGAGAAAAAGGGGAAAAGUCCGGGUGGGAAAAGAGGACGAGCACUGACCUGCAGGCGGGUCAACACAAGAAGAUGA